UAUAUUUUAAUAAUCCUUUGUAACAGCUUAACAUGGCCACUUUUCAAAUGGGACCCGAAACUCAUGCCGUACCCAUGGCUUUGUUUCGUAAAAAUCGCGAGAAGGUAUGUAACGCUUUAAGAGAAAGCAAGGCAGUGGAAAAGGGAUCCUUUGUUUUGUUGGAAGGUGGCAAAGAUGUCAGUUUCAAUGAUACCGAUAUCAACUACAAUUUCCGUCAAGAAUCCUAUUUCCAAUAUUUGUUUGGUGUCAAGGAACCCGAUUGUUAUGGUGUUUUAAAUGUAGAGAGUGGUGAGUCUGUUUUAUUUGUACCCCGUCUUCCCGAGGAAUAUGCCACCUGGAUGGGUCGUCUAUUAAGUUUGGAGGAAUUCAAAGCCAUGUAUGAAGUUGAUCGUGUUUUGUAUGCCGAUGAAUUGAAUGCUUUCUUUGAAAAGGCUGCUCCCAAAUUGAUUUUAACUUUGAGCGGUUUAAAUACCGAUAGUGGUUUACGCUCCAAGCCUGCCUCCUUCGAGGGUAUUGAGAAAUUUGUGGUCAAUUGUGAUAUUUUACAUCCCAUUAUUGCCGAGUGCCGUGUUCUCAAGUCACCCGAGGAAAUUGAAGUUUUACGUUAUGUGGCCAAGGUCUCUUCAGAUGCUCACAUUAAAGUCAUGAAAUUUAUGCGUCCUGGUCGCAGUGAAUAUGAAGGCGAAUCUUUAUUCUUACAUCAUUCCUACUCGGUUGGUGGUUGCCGCCAUGCCUCCUACACUUGCAUCUGUGGUAGUGGUGUUAAUUCAGCUGUUUUGCAUUAUGGUCAUGCUGCUGCUCCCAAUGACAAAGCUGUUAAGGAUGGUGAUAUGUGUCUCUUCGAUAUGGGCGCCAAUUAUUGUGGCUAUGCUGCCGAUAUCACUUGCAGUUUCCCAGCCAAUGGCAAAUUCAAUGAAGAUCAAAAAUUCAUUUACAAUGCCGUCUUGGCUGCCCGUAAUGCUGUUCUAAAAGAAGCCAAAGAUGGUGUUUCCUGGGUAGAUAUGCAUCGUUUGUCUUGCCGUGUUUUGUUGGAACAUCUCAAGGCUGGUGGCAUGUUGCAGGGUGAUGUAGAUGAAAUGUUGGCUGCCGGUUUGGCUGGCACAUUCCAACCUCAUGGUUUGGGUCAUCUUAUUGGUCUCGAUGUCCAUGAUGUAGGUGGCUAUUUGCCCGACCAACCAGCACGCCCCACUGAAUCCUGGAUUAGUAAGUUGCGUUUUGCACGUACACUUAAGGAUGGCAUGUAUGUUACCGUUGAACCCGGCUGUUACUUUGUCGACAUUUUGAUGGACAAAGCUUUGGCUGAUCCUAAACUUAAUAAAUUCAUUGUCAAAGAAGUCUUUGAACGUUUCCGUAACUUUGGCGGUGUACGCAUAGAAGAUGAUGUUCUCAUUACCAAGAAUGGCAAUGAAAAUUUCGCCAUUGUGCCACGUACCGUUGAAGAAAUUGAAAAGUGUAUGGCUGAACGCGAUUGAAAAGGAGCAGGAAAUUUCUACUUCCAAAAA